AUGCAGGACUCGAGUGAAUUCGCUGCGGAGAACCGCAGGCGCAUGCAUGCCGGCGAACUCUAUUACGCUUUCACACCCGACCUUACUGCAGACAGGCGACGAUGCGGGGCAGCCUGCGCUAGAUAUAACGCUGCUGGGGGGAACGUGUCUAGGCGCCAUCUCCUCGAGUUGUGGAAAGAGCUCGGCAAGAACGUGUACGUCAACUUCGGGAGCACAUGGCUAGACACGUGCUUAAUCACCGUCGGUGACCGCACGCUCAUCGGUCCCAAUUGCUCCUUCUUCAGCGCCACGCACCCUCUAGACCCAACCCUUCGCAAUGGAACUUCCGGUCCCGAAUCAGGAAAGCCCAUCGUUAUUGGCCCGGAUUGCUGGCUCGGCGGUAACGUAACGAUUCUGGCGGGUGUGACGAUCGGUCGGGGAUCAACCGUUGGAGCUGCGAGUGUCGUGACAAAGGACGUGCCCGAGUAUACUUGCGUGGCUGGGAACCCCGCUAGAAUUAUUAAGAGAGUUGACGUAUCGGCGCCUCCUCCUGAUGAGGGCGGCGCUGUUGUGACCGAAUAG